AUGGCCUCCAACUUCAAUGAUAUAGUGAAACAGGGAUACGUGCGGAUACGGAGUAGGAAACUAGGGAUCUUCAGGAGGUGUUGGCUGAUGUUUAAGAAGGCGUCCAGUAAAGGCCCAAGGCGGUUAGAGAAAUACCCAGACGAGAAGGCAGCAUACUUCCAGAGCUUUCACAAGAUCACAGAGCUCCGCAGCAUCAAGAACAUUACACGGAUACCGAGGGAGACCAAGAAACAUGCCGUGGCAAUCGUGUUUUACGACGAGACGUCCAAGGCGUUUGCCUGUGAGUCAGAGCUGGAUGCAGAGGAGUGGUGGAAGCUACUGUGUGUGGAGUGUCUAGGAAGCUGUCUGAACGACAUCAGCCUGGGAGAACCAGACCUGUUAGCAACGGGGGUGCAGCGGGAGCAGAACGAGCGUUUCAACGUGUACCUGAUGCCCACUCCCAACCUGGACAUCUAUGGGGAGUGUACGAUGCAGAUCACACAUGAGAACAUCUACCUGUGGGACAUCCACAACGCCCGUGUCAAACUGGUCAUGUGGCCUCUCAACUCACUGAGGAGAUACGGACGAGACUCCACCUGGUUCACUUUCGAGUCAGGAAGGAUGUGUGACACAGGGGAGGGUCUGUUUACGUUCCAGACGCGGGAGGGAGAGAUGAUGUACCAGAGAGUCCACUCAGCCACCCUGUCCAUCGCACAGCAACAUGAGAGGAUGAUGGAGGAGAGGACUUCACAGACACAUUCCAACCAGACAACGUUAACCAAGUCCAUCUCCCUGCCUCGCAGUGCCUACUGGCAUCACAUAAUGCGCCAGAACAGUGUUGGAGACAUCUACAGCUACCAAGGUACGAGCCUGACGAUGACCCUGAUGACCCGAGCACAGACCUUCCCCAUUUUCCUCUCUGCAAAGACAGAAGAAGAGCAGUCCUCUCAGCACCAGGAAGAGGCACUAUCCCCCUCUAAUGGCUACGGCUCAAACUGCAGCCAGGUGACUCUCCAAUGA